UUUUUUUUUUAAUUUUAAUAUGUUAUAAAUAGGGUAGUGUGAGGAGGUACUGCUCAGUCUGCCAGUGCUCUAAACUCACUAUGCAACCUUGCUGCCUGCUCCUAACGCUUAGCCUCCUGGCUGCUGCCCCAUCCUUAUUAUGGGCAUGCCCUGCCAAUUGCCACUGCCACGGAGGGGACCUUCAGCAUGUUAUCUGUGACACUGCAGGGCUGACCGCGCUCCCCAAGGUAUCAGAGCAAACUCGCCUGUUAAACCUACAGAGGAAUAACUUUCCAGUGCUCGCCCCCAACUCUUUCAAGGAGAUGAAGGGAUUAGUCUCCUUGCACAUGCAGCACUGCCAGAUUCGGGAGGUCUCCAGUGGUGCUUUUCGAGGUCUCAAGAGAUUGGUCUACCUCUACCUGUCCAACAAUGAAAUAAGCGUUCUAGGCACUGGAGCAUUCGACGAGUUGUCUGAACUCACCUAUCUCUAUAUGGACCAUAACAAGAUCAUUGAUCUUCCCAAAGGACUCUUUUCACCUCUCUUAAACCUGUUUAUUCUGCAGCUCAGCAACAACAAAGUGCGCGAUCUGAAACCAGGAACCUUCACAGGGGCUAAGGACCUCCGCUGGCUCUACCUGUCUGACAACGAGAUCACUAACAUGCAGUCAGGUUCUCUGGAUGAAGUGGAAAACCUUGCCAUCUUCCACAUGGAUGGCAACCAGUUAAGCUCCUACCCACUGGCUGCCAUUAGCAAGCUGAGAGUAGUAGAAGAUCUGAAGAUAUCCAGGAACCCCAUUAAGGUCAUCCCAGAUUUUGCCUUUCAGUCCUUCGGGCGUUAUAUGGAGUCUCUGUCCAUGGAAAAUAUGGGUGUGGAGAAGUUUUCAGACAAAACAUUUGAGGGAGUCAAAACUCUGAAGACGCUGAACAUCGAGGGCAACAAAUUAAGUCAACUUCCUGCCAAUGUCCCAUACUCCUCCCUACAGAGCCUGGCCAUAGCUAAUAACCCGUGGCACUGCACUUGCCAGCUGGCAGCCCUGCGGAGGUGGAUAGAUGGGAGCCGCUCUCGUCCAAAUGCCACCUGUGCCAGCCCGUCACAAUACCGUGGGCAGCAGCUGAAAGACACCGGGGCUUUCCGUUCCUGUAAGCAGCCUGUUAAGAAACUGCGGAAGACUGAGCGUCAUUAAAGGCACCUAAUGAGCAGUCUUGGUGACUGACUGUUGACCAGAAAAACUAUUGACCAGAAAAACUACUGACCUCUAAGACCAGCCAGAAGCUCCAAGCAAAGUCUGGACGCAUCUUCUAUCCCUAGGUUUCCUUCAGUCUCUGGUGUUUUGCCUCAUGUAGUCUGCUAAUAUAAUAUAUAAUAUAUAUAUAUAAUAUACUGAAUAUAAAAAAAACAUUGCAUCACGCCCUUUCCAAAAGCCUUUUUCCUUCAAUAUCACUUGUCCAAACCUACCAGAUUCAGAUUGAUACCAGAAUUGUAAUUUCCAUUAAAUUGUUUAUUUUCUUAUAUAAAUUUGGAUGUAUAUAAACAUGUUGGCUGCAA